AUGCACCCCGCCGCACGCAUCCUCUCUCGUCCGCUUCGCUUCGCCGUCGCCCGACCACUCCCAUCAUCGCCCUCUGUACCUCUUGCGCGUCGAUUCGCCAGUUCUUGCUGCAACACCUCCUCUCCAGCUAAGCCCGCCUCUUCGCCCGCUCAAGCCCGCACCAAAUUCACAAUGGCCGGCUCUGACAACCAGUCCGUCUCCCAGUACCUCGAGCAGUCCCACGAGAGGCUCUUUGAAUACAACCGCCAGUGGGCUGCCGACAAGGCCGCCAAGGACCCCGAAUACUUUGUCCGCCUCAACGCCGGCCAGGCCCCCGAGUACCUCUGGAUCGGAUGCUCCGACUCCCGUAUCCCCGUUGAGCAGCUGCUCGGCCUCGAGCCCGGAGAGGCCUUUGUCCACCGCAACAUUGCCAACCUGGUUGUCAACACCGACCUCAGCGUCAUGAGCGUCAUCAACUAUGCCGUCCGCCACUUGGGCGUCAAGCACAUCAUUGUCUGCGGCCACUACGGCUGCGGUGGUGUCAAGGCUGCCAUGACCCCCAAGGAUCUUGGCCUGCUUAACCCGUGGCUCCGCAACAUCCGCGACGUCUACCGCCUGCACGAGGCCGAGCUCGAUGCCAUUGCCGACCAGGACGCCCGCUACAACCGCCUCGUCGAGCUCAGCGUCGUCGAGCAGUGCCGCAACGUCAUCAAGACUGCGGCCAUCCAGCAGUCCUUCAAGAAGAACCAGUACCCCAUUGUCCACGGCUGGGUCUUUGACUUCAAGGACGGUCUGGUCAAGGAUCUCAAGGUCGACUUCAAGGCUAUGCUUGAGGGCAUCCAGAAGAUCUACAACCUCUCCGACGAGUAA